UCCGAGAUUCAGGUGAUGUGGGUGGCACCACCCACCGGUUCCGGUUGCGUCAGCAUCUCCGCUAUGGUUUACGAAUCUGAGCAACAAUGGUACGCCGACGACGGGGCACUGACAAAGGUGAUGUGUGAACACAAACCGAUGCCAAGGAUUCAAAAGGGUGAAUGUUGUGCGUGUGACGAGGCUAAGUACAGUUUAACGUUUGAGGGCAUCUGGUCGAAUGAAACGCAUCCUAAGGACUACCCAUUCGCGAUUUGGCUGACACAUUUCUCGGAUGUGAUCGGAGCUUCGCACGAUACAAACUUCUCGUUCUGGGGCGAGCAACACAUUGCGACCGAUGGCUUCCGGAUGCUGGCCGAAUGGGGCUCCAUCCGGUUGCUCGAGCAGGAACUGCGAGCCAAAGGAUCACGCCUUCGAACCCUUAUUAAAGCGGCCGGAUUGUGGUACCCGCGGGUAAACGCCAACACAAGCUCAACGUUCCGGGUUGACCGGAAACACCACAAAAUCUCGCUGGCGUCUAUGUUCGGUCCAUCACCCGACUGGGUGGUCGGUGUUAGUGGGCUCGAUCUCUGCCGCAAGGAUUGCACCUGGACGGAAUCGCUCGAUAUGGACCUGUACCCGUGGGACGCCGGAACUGACAGUGGCAUUAGCUAUAUGUCGGCAAACGCCGAAACGCAGCCACGGGAGCGAAUGCACCGAAUUACCACACUCUAUCCCGAGGAUCCACGGGCGCCAUUUUAUAACCCACAAUCGUCGGUGAUGACACCGUUAGCCCGGCUUUACCUACGUCGAGAGCGUGUGAUGCCUCGCAGCUGUGACGAGCAGUUCCUGCAGGCGCAGGUGUUGGAGUUAUCCGAGAAUACCGAGGAGGAAACACGACCGGAAUGUGCCACCACCGGGUACACCGACUGGACACCGUGUUCCGUUACGUGUGGCAAGGGUAUUCGUAUGCGUACGCGCGAGUAUAUGCGACCGAAUGAAGCUGCUGGUGCGCGUUGCAAUCGGCAGCUGAUCGCGAAGGAGAUGUGCGUCGCGGAUGUGCCCGAGUGUGAGGGAGAUGGGCGUGAGGGUGAGAAUGCUGCCAGCUCGGAGGAUGUUGGUCAGUCGGAGGCGACGGUGGAUGAGGCGGGUGAGGGUGUUGGCGUUUGUCGGACGACGCGUUGGAGUGAUUGGUCUGCGUGUUCGGCAAGCUGCGGUAUUGGUGUGACGAUGAGGACACGCACUUUCUUGGAGAACAUGGGCCGGAAGAAGUGCCCACACAUUAGCGUCGUGGAAAAGCAAAAGUGUAUGCAACCGGAAUGUUCGAUCACCGACAUGGAAGUGCCAGAUGCACUCUGUCCAACCACCGCCUGGAGUGACUGGAGUCCUUGCAGUGCGACCUGUGGCAAGGGGGUACAUAUCCGCACCCGGCUUCUACUACUAACGCCGGAAGAGCAGCCACGUUGUCAGAACCGGAUCGAACUGAACCAGCAACGCCCGUGCUCGGAGAAGGUCGAUUGUCUGUACGAUACGUUCACGGCGCAGGAGAUAUGUUCCCAGGCACCGGAAGUUGGUCCGUGUCGUGGCCGCUACCAGCGCUAUGCGUUCGACUCGAAUCAGGGCACAUGCGUACCGUUUUACUACGGCGGGUGUCGUGGAAAUCGGAACAACUUCCUGACGUCGGACGAUUGCAUGCAUACGUGUGCGAGAGCCCGUUCCGUUAGCACCACCGUGCGUCCUUCAACACCGGAUCCUUUUGACGCGUUGCCCGUCGAUUGCGUGUUGUCUGACUGGUCGGAAUGGACGAGCUGCUCGGUGACUUGUGGAACCGGGCGUUCGGAACGUAUCCGCUCGAUUAUGACCCAUCCACGGAACGGUGGAAUGCCCUGUCCGCCACGUGUCGUCAAGCGACGCAAGUGUACCGGACCACCGUGUAAUUAAGCGCCACGUUGGCGGAAGUGCUUUCACGUCAAUUAAAUAAAUACUAUUGGGGAAAUGAGGAGAGGGUUUUUCUUUCCUCCCUAUGA